UAAAAAAGAAUUUUUACAAAAAAAAAAAAAAAUAUAUAUAUAUCUUCUAGAGAAAAAGGAUUAAAUUUAAUAUUAUGGCUACGAAAAGUGAGGAGUUGAAACUCGACAUAGAAGAGUUGAAUAAUCUUAUACAACAAGCUACACGUCCCAAAGUAAAAGAUAUUCUUUCUUUGGAAAUUAGACGAUUGCAGACAGAGGUAGGAAAAUUGAUCGAAGAAAAUAAAGAUGUAUGUCCUAAGUCGGUAAAUUCAGCCAUUAAUUCUACUCCUAAAUGUUAUGACGUUAAGAUAAACAAUUAUUGUUGGGAUCAAACGAAUAGCGUUGUCAAAAUAUAUGUUCAAUUAAAGAGCGUACAUCUUUUACCAAAUAAUAAUAUUGUUUGUAAAUAUACUGAAAAGUCCAUGGAUUUGUUUGUUUACGGAUUGGAUAAUAAAAAUUAUCAUUUACCGAUCAAUAAUUUAUGCGAGGAUAUUGACACGGAAAAAAGUUAUUUCAAAGUAAAAGCAGAUAUGAUCAUCGUAUAUCUUUCGAAAAAAUCACUUAAAAAUUGGUCGUAUGUAACUGGCGUUGAAAAAAGAAUAAAAGAAGCAAAAACUCCAUCGGUUCCCGAUAUGGGAGAUGAUCCUGGUGCUAGUUUAGUAAAUCUAAUGAAGAAGAUGUAUCAAGAUGGAGAUGAUGAGAUGAAAAAGACAAUAGCUAAGGCAUGGACUGAAAACCAACACAAAUCUGCAGCGGGUCUGUCAGGUUUUGACUAUUAAUUGUAAAACAAUACUUAAUUAAAUGUAUUUUAUGUUUCCUUA